CACAAUACAGCUACGCUCCACCUCCUCUGACCUCGGGCAACAUCCAUCCAGACCUCCCUCAUACACAAUACCUGCUAAACCACAGAGGGAAAUAUUCUCUUUAAAUCACGCGCUUGUUUCACUCUAAAUAAAUAGGACUUUGUUCAUUUUCAUUUCUGAACUGUGAGUUUUUUUAUUCAUGUAAAUGCUCUGAAACACCGCGCCUUUGGUCCAGCUCUGUUGCUUUUACCACCCGGUUCUCUGCUCAUGCGGACCGCAUCCCAUCGCAACAGCCCGGACACCCAAAAACCAAACUCUCUGAACUCCCAGAGAGACAUGGAUUGGAAUUGGACGCGUUUUUGUGGGAACGACUCUAGCCAAACCGCGUCUGAUUCCUAAUCUGCCUUCUGUUGUUGGAUAUAAUGCCAUAUUGCUCAAAAUGACUGAGCUGAAUUAUGCCUUCAUAAGCGAAAACGGGAAGGAAGUGGAUAAAACUUUGGACUGGAGUUAUAUAGAAUGGAACGAGAAGGAGAGCGUAAAAGUGACGGAUGCGCAAACCCAAACUCAGUUUGGACCAACCGAUGACAAAGAGACGCAAACGAGGAGUCCUUUCAUAAUGCGUAUAGAUUUGGGAAGGACGCCCACCAGACUGAGGUACGGUUCGGUCGCGGAGGCUGACGGCUUGUCCACAAAUUUCUUUCAGUUUGAUAGACAAGCACCGGCCCGGAUCUCCACGUCUCCUACUCUGAGGAGAAUGAGGAGCACUAGACUCCCCUACCGAGACCAGGGCAGGUUUGAUGAGGUAUUGGGAGAGGAGCCACCUUCUCCGAGGAAUCCCCCGUCGCCGUCUCCUCUGGCGGUCAAGUCGGAUGGAGAGACAGGGAGCUUUGAGUCCUCAAGGAAAGUCUGGUCUCAUAGAUCAAAGACUCUUUACAAUGGCGUCAUGUGCAAAAGUCAAGGGUCUCGCGAUUCAAAAGAUGUUGAUUCAGAUGACAAUGCUGAGAGCUCCACUGAUGACAGUGAGCAGGUGAACGAGGCAGGUCAUAAAAGGCUGCAGGAGAGGAGGCGGAGCUCUAUGGUCGUGAGUCUUCCCGGAUUGGAUGUUUCCCCUGGAGAUUUAUUUGUGUCCAAUGGCAUGGCUGAUAUUUUAAAUAAAUCCUCUUUUUCAGACACUAAGAAAUCAAAGUGGCCAUUUUCAAGGCGUGGAACACAGACAAAAGGGAUGGUUCGCAGCGUCGCAGACAUUGACAAGUGUUUGGCUGGCAUUCAGGUUCAGGAGUGGAGGGACACAGACUUUAAGACGUAUAAGGAUAUGUCUUUAGAGGAGUUUCUGAGAGGUCGCUCUGAGCUGGGAGCAGCAAAGGAUCCUGAAGCUUACAGAAAGCAGGAGGCCAUCUGGGAGCUGUUUACCAGUGAAUGCGUCUACUUCCUCGAUCAGCUCAUGGUUUUGAAAGAGGUGUUUUUGACCACACUGUCAGACCUGCAGAUGAGAGGGUGCCUACAGGACAUUGAUUCUUGGAGGAUUUUUGCAAAUCUCAAUGAGCUUUGCUUGGUUAGCUUUGGCUUUCUCACUAGUCUCUUGCGUGUCAUUAAGGAAUUGUGGAUAAAUCCAGACUCGUAUAGUAGUCAGACUCUUUUGGAACUCCUCAAAAAGGUGUUUGGUGAAAGCAUUUGCCAUUGUCUACAGAAAUACUGCUUAAAUUACAGCACCGCCAUCCUUUAUCUGGACAGCCUGAAGUUUAGAGAGGACUUUGGCACUUUCGUAAAGUGGUGUGAACGAAGCGAGCACUGCCGCAGGCUGCAGUUGAAGGAUCUGCUGGUGGCUCCUCUGCAGAGGUUUACGCGGUACCCACUGCUGUUGAAGAAUAUAGGAAAGAAGGGCUGUUCAGAGGCAGAGGAGAACACACUACAGAACAUUGUGGACCUAGUCGAUACAGCCAUCUAUGACCUUGAGGGCAAAGUGAAGUGGUUGGACAACUAUCAGAAGGUCAAGCGGCUGAAGGAAGUUCUGGUGUGGCUUCCUGUGUGGGAGAGAGAGAAGAGAGCACAUGUCCCUGAGAAUCUGAAGCACUUGUUAAAAGCUGGGACCUUGGAGAACCUGGUGUCUCAUCGAAGUCUUCUGUACGACGGCAGACUCGUUCUAAUAGAAAACACAAAGCUGCAUGACGUUUACCUGUUUCUCUUUGACGAAUUCCUUCUCAUCACUAAGAUCAAGCGAAGCAAAAAGAAGUCUAGUGUGUUGGAGCCGAACCCUUUGCGUCCAGUUGUGGGCCAGGAGGUUGAAAUCUUAUUGCAAGACGGCUGUAGUUUCACUGUUCUGGAUCAGCCCAUCUCCCUGGACCGCCUUCAGUUAAAGAACAUAGACCAGCUCAAUGCCACAGCAUCUGGACUGCCUAAUUCUUUCAUAAUAAUGCAUCAGAAUCGCUAUCAGCAGUGCAUCGGAGUCUUCAUUCUACAAGCCCAGGCUGAAUCUGUAAAGAAAGCAUGGAUGUUGGAGAUUGAGAAUGCUGUCAAUUCUCUGCUGAAGCAGGAUUCCCAACAGCCUCGGGUCAAGAACUCUACUCUUUAUCUAGAGUCUUCACAAAUUUAACCUGUACAGAGACUUUCUGUAGAACUUUCCUCAAAGUGCCAUCGGACCACUUAGCAGAUCACUAGAGCAAAGAAAAACAUCUCAACAGCAUUUUUCCAUAAAAGAUUAUUGAAACAGAAAUACGCAAGUAUAUACUGUAGCAGCACAGUAAGGUUGUUGACCGGGACCUAUUGGUACAUGCUGUAGAACCACCGUAAGCCUGUAAUGCUGAUUAUAUCUGUAAACAUUUCUCAUUGUGUAGAAUGCUUAGAUAAACCAGUACAAAAAAGCUUCCAGAAAUGUGAAGAUGUAGAUUAUAAUGCAAUUUGUGGUUGUAAAUUAGUGAGAGUUAACAUUUUUGUAAAAUAAAGUGUUUGAAAUAA